UGUUGCCUGACCGCCUUCCUCCUUCGUCAACAUGGCGCCGAUGUUGGCACCGCUGAAAUGUGGCUUUCACUUUCAAAGACGAAAAUUGGCGCUUCUCCUUCGGCAAACGAGCUCAUAUCAUAUUUGGAAUAAAAGCCACAGUGGAAACGGGAGAGACCAAACACGCCAAAGCACAUAUCUGUUGAGUACCCCUCCACACUUACGAACAGCUACAUGGGGCACAAACAAGAGCGACAACUGUCGUCGGAUUUUGGAGGCAACAAAGCAUUUGCAGGUGACAGACAAACGAACAUGUUGGCAUGGACAUGCGGGAGGAGGGCUAAGCGCAAAUCCCAAAAAUGUGCUGAAUGAGGUGAAUUCAGCCAAGAUCCUGUCUGCAAUGCUGUCUUACGUGUGGCCGAAGGACAGACCAGACCUGCGAGCCCGUGUUGCCAUUUCUCUGGGCCUGCUCGCUGGAGCCAAGAUCACCAAUGUGACGGUGCCCUUCAUGUUUAAGUAUGCAGUGGACGAGCUUAACCAGAUGUCAGGACACAUGCUGAACCUGAAUGACGCGCCAAGCACUGUGGCUACCAUGGCAACGGCCGUGCUCAUUGGCUAUGGCGCAUCACGGGCUUGUGCGGCCUUCUUCAACGAGCUGAGGAACACUGUGUUCGGCAAGGUGGCCCAGAGCUCCAUCCGACGCAUUGCCAAGAAUGUCUUCCUCCACUUGCACAAUCUGGAUCUGGGUUUUCAUCUCAGCCGCCAGACAGGAGCGCUGUCUAAGGCCAUCGACCGCGGCACCCGGGGCAUCUCCUUCGUCCUCAGUGCGAUCGUCUUCAAUCUAGGACCCACAGUCUUUGAGAUGGGCCUCGUCAGUGCCAUUUUGUAUUACAAGUGUGGUGGACAGUUUGCAGCAGUGGCCUUGGGUACCUUGUCAGCAUACACCCUUUUCACCAUUCUCAUCACACAAUGGAGGACUCGUUUCCGGAUAGAAAUGAACAAAGCAGACAAUGAAGCGGGCAAUGCGGCUAUUGACUCCCUUCUUAACUAUGAGACUGUUAAGUACUUCAACAAUGAGAAGUAUGAAGCUGAAAGGUAUGAUGGAUUCCUGAAGACUUAUGAGUCAUCCUCUUUAAAAACCACAUCCACACUUGCCAUGCUCAACUUUGGCCAGAGUGCCAUCUUCAGUGUCGGGCUCACAGCCAUCAUGUUGCUGGCCAGCAAGGGCAUUUCAGCAGGUACAAUGACUGUGGGAGACCUGGUGAUGGUGAAUGGCCUGCUCUUCCAGCUCUCCCUCCCUCUCAACUUCCUGGGCACAGUGUACAGAGAGACCAGACAGGCCCUAAUAGACAUGAACACACUUUUCACGCUGCUCAGUGUCGACACCAGGAUCAAGGAAAAGGAUCUCGCCCCACCAUUAGCCGUCACACCACAGGAGGCCACCAUCCGCUUCGAGGACGUGUAUUUUGAAUACUUGGAGGGCCAGAAAGUCUUAAAUGGAGUGUCCUUCGAAGUGCCCGCUGGGAAGAAGGUGGCCAUAGUCGGUGGCAGCGGGUCAGGGAAGAGCACCAUUGUGCGGCUGUUGUUCCGCUUCUAUGAGCCCCAGCGGGGGAACAUCUACAUAGCGGGGCAGAAUAUCCGAGACGUCAGCCUUGACAGCCUGAGGAAGGCUUUGGGUGUCGUACCUCAGGAUGCCGUUCUGUUCCACAACACCAUCUUCUACAACCUGCAGUACGGGAACAUCAACGCUACACCAGAGGAGGUGUACCAAGUGGCACGUCUAGCAGGCAUCCAUGAUGCUAUCCUCAGGAUGCCCCAUGGCUAUGACACCCAGGUUGGGGAGCGGGGCCUCAAGCUGUCAGGAGGGGAGAAGCAACGUGUCGCCAUCGCUCGCGCAAUACUGAAAAAUCCACCCAUCCUCCUGUAUGACGAAGCAACAUCCUCCCUCGACUCUAUAACAGAAGAGAACAUCCUGAGUUCAAUGAAGGAGAUGGUGAAGGACAGGACAUCAAUGUUCAUCGCCCACAGGCUUUCCACAAUUGUAGACGCAGACGAGAUUAUAGUGCUCAGUGAGGGUAAAGUGGCAGAGCGUGGCAACCACCACACCCUCCUCGGCAUCCCGGGCAGCUUGUACGCAGACCUGUGGAACACCCAGAACAGCAAAAUCCUGAACAACAGCAAGAGCUCGCCCGAGCCGCCGGCUGAGCGCCUCUCUCAGAAGGAGGAGGAGAGGAAAAAAUUGCAGGAGGAGAUCCUCAACAGUGUGAAGGGCUGUGGGAACUGCUCCUGUUGAGAGAAGCUGCCACCUCCAUGUCUCUUCAUCCCUCACAGAUGGCCUACGCUGGAAUCCCUAGUCUGUGUGGUAAUGGUGGGGGGGGGUAUGUCCCCACUACCCACUCCAGCCAAGCCUCCACCCAUGUGACUGUCCCUCCUCCUCCUCCUCCUCAUGUGAAUAAAGGCCACUGCUCGCCAAAGUGAAGGAGGAGGAGCAGAACAGGGAGCAAGUGUGUUUAGCACUGGCUGGUGUCCAGAGAUAGAGCUUCCAUGCCAGUUGCCUCAGCUGAAGCCAAGCAUAAGAGACCUUGUAUAUCACAUACGUGUGUGUAAGACAUCUGUUAGUCAACAUGGUUGCCCCCUUCCCCCCCCCCCCUCCUCCAUUUUUGACAUCAGGUUUAUUGACAUCUUCCAUUGCACUGGAAACAGAUGAAAGUACACGUAACGACUUACAUAUGCCUUGACUUGAUGUUGACACAAAAUUUGUAUUGAUUACAUUUUUAAAUUAUUUUCCAAAUAAAUUGAACCUAUAGUUUGCUUUUUUAUAUUAAAGAUGUGUACAUAUUACAAUUUAUUCUGCAGUUAGGUGAUCACAGUUAGAAUACAGAACACAAACAUUGUGUUGCAGUAUGUGUUCGUUUGAAUAACACUAUUUCAUAAAGCUGAUACUUCAGUGGGAUUCAGCCCUAAUGCGCAUUGCCCAUUACACUGUUCUAAAAAUAUCACAUUUGGCAGAUAAUCAAGUAUUCUAGACAAAUAACAACAUAUUAUGGAUGUUUGGGCUCGUGAAUAGCACCCCAGUGACUUAGCAGUAUGGCACAGUCACAUUCAUGUAAAUAUAAAACUCAGAAUGACAAGAGUUAACUCUAAUAAAUCAUGAAUGGGUUUCACCACACUGGAGCCACAUUAAGAGGCAACAACUUGAAAGCCUCCUCUGGGAAAAUUUCACAGUCAUAUCAUUUAGCCUUGGAUGACGGGUCUGUUCCAAUGAAAAGUCAUGUUUGAGAUUUUAACGGUGAGAAGACAACUUUUUGGUUUGUAUGAUCAGAAUACAACUUUAAGUGUUAAUAUUUGAAAACAGACAGUACAUGUGUGUCCUCUUUUUCUGAGGGCGUUUUUGGCUGUGAUAUGCACAUUUUGUUAGGAACCUUGCUAUAGUAUUGUAUCUAUUAAUGGAAAUUUAUUAGUCAGGUGUCUUGUACUAUACACAGUGUAAAUCCUGUAUCAUAGUGUUAUGUUGACUGUGUAAGUACACUGCAGACAGACAAAUAAAUGUUAUUGUCUAAUUAACAAGGUUUCCAGAUGCUGUUGUUAUGGUCAGGGUUGGGUGUGAUAUGACAAGAUCAAUAAAAAAUUUGUUGCACCAUAAAGUAGCUAUAACUUAAAUAUCUAUGGUUGUAUUUGACUGGUGGUUCACCAGUUUAAUGAACACAUUAGAUGGGUCCUGAGUGCCAGGGGUCAUAAGAUGAUUAACAAGCUAAAUAAAAAAAAACCAAA